UCUGACCACAUCAAAAAUCGCCGUAAUUUUUUGUGCGCUACUCGUAGUAGUACUACAGUUCGCAGCAACUUGGCUAAACCUUUAUGUUGAUUAUGCUAAAACUGCUAAAACAAAUUAUUGCAUGAGCCGGUCACAGAUCGCCGAUGUCAUGGUUAUUGCCUAUCAUUGCAGUUUUGCUACUUGUGAUAUUUCGGGAUCUGUGGUAUUCCACCAGCAACAGACGCGAAUUCCGCGAACUCACAUCAUUUCCUGUCAGAACUCUUACGAAUGCCACCCACCAAGAUUUGAGUUUUCCAGUACUUGUAAUAAAUGUCACUGCCGAUGGUACCUGUCCGGCCAAGUUUGGCUAUUUCCCCGAUCCUGCAGACUGCCAGGGAUACUUCAUUUGCACAUUUGGAAAUGCCAAACCACGGAGAUGUGGAACCGGACUUCAUUAUAAAACCACGACGCAGACUUGUGAUAAGCCAUCGGGUGAUUGUACACAAGACGGAGAUCAAGCGACACGGCCAAAGUAUACCGGACCAAUGAUGAAAACCGGAAAUGCUCCUCCCCAAACAGCUGCAGCACUUGCAACAUCCGCUCCCACCGAAGCCGCACCCAGUGACCAGCAGGCGCCCACUCAGUUGGCCACACAAACGUCGGUUGAUCAGCAGUAUUCUCCAAAUGCUAACAAUCCUGACGACCAACAAGGACAAUCCGCUGUAAACAAUCCGCCACAGCCAGGAAACGUCAAGCAGAUGUCGAAAAACGCCGACUUCUCCGCGCUGACCAAUCGAAAUUCAGGGCGUGACGCCGCUUUUGUUCCUAAAUCCGUCACUGAAACGACUGCAGUUAACACGGUGAAGAAGCCCAGCUUCACCCAAAUGAACGUGAAGCCAUCGUUCAAUAAACCAGAUUUUUCAAAGCCAGCGCCGCAAAAUCUGAAUCCAGGGGACAAACCAAGCGCUACCGUGAAGACUCCGGUUAAAAGCAGCUACUCGGAUGCCGUCAAAUUAGCCUUCAACAGCAAGCCAUCGUUCGGCGGUAAAAAGAAAGUCCCGGUUCAGCCCAUUCCACCACCACCAACCGCGGCUGCGCCACCCGCACCGCUUCCCGAUCGCGACAACAAUCCGCCUCCCGAACAACCGAAACAGGACGUCAGUGAUGGCCGAACGGGCGACGUCAACACGAACGACCAGAAUGCGGACAAUGCGCCGCCGCCGAUGGCGCCCCGUCCACUCAUUCCCAAAACUUUCCAACCGCGCCCGGCUGCAGCGAAUAACCGGAAUCCCGACGGUAACAGCUGGGGCCAAGAUACACCGCCGGCGCAACCGAACCGCGGAAGUGACCGAUGGUCACCGAAAAACCAAAACGACCAAUCGGGUCAAGACGCGCCUGAUGACCAACAAAGCCAAGACGGAGAUGGGCGUGGCAGGUCCAGACCCGCCUUUGCCGCUUCGCAGAUAGACCAGCAACCAGUGGACAACGCCAUCAAACGGCCAGUCAACAAUCGCAAACCACAGCGACCGCCACCGCUGUCACGGGAACGUAAUCGCGCUCCACCAGAGGCUAUUUCGCAGCCGGCCGACCAGAGCGCGUCGCAGUGUUCGGCGGACGUGUGUCAACUGCCAAAUUGCAUGUGUGGUGGUACGGGCAUCCCAAAUAAGAUGCAAAUUGCUGAAGUUCCGCAAAUGGUGCUGUUAAGUUUCGAUGCUGAAAUAAACGAAAGGAAUCUUCCAAUUUAUGAGCAAAUAUUUCAUAAGAAUCGAAAGAAUCCGAACGGUUGCAACCUCAAAGCAACCUUUUUUGUUAGCCACGAGUUCACAAACUACGGAAUGGUGCGCUAUUUGUACGAGAAAGGUCACGAAAUCGGCUCCCAUUCUAUUACACACGGAGUGGGAACCGGUUUCAAAGACGAACGAGCGUGGGAAACGGAAAUGACCGGCGAAAAAGGCUUCCUGGCAUCCUUCGCUUCCAUUCGACCGGACGACAUCAAGGGAGCAAGAGCCCCGCUUCUGGGAGGAGGUGGAGACGAUCAAUUUCAAGCGUUAGUCAAUGGACAAUUCACCUACGACAGCACCUUGGUCACUCCUACCUCCUCUAAAGCACCCUACUGGCCGUACACCCUGGACUACGGCGUCCCGCACGCCUGUGUGCAACCUCCUUGCCCGCAGCAAACAUAUGCCGGUUUAUGGGAACUUCCGCUCAACCCCAUCUACGGCCUAUUUGGAGAAAAUUGUUACGAGGCGGAUCGCUGCACGUUUGGAAGUACUGGGAAUGAAGUAUACAAAUUAAUGUACAGCAAUUUCUACGACAAACACUAUUCGACGAACAAAGCUCCGUUCCACCUGGCAAUUCAUGCGGACUGGUUAAAAUACCCGCCACACCGGGAAGCGUUCGAAAGAUUUUUAGAUCUCGUCGCCACUAUGCCAGAUGUCUGGGUGGUGACCGGAAGUCAAGCGGUUGCAUGGAUGCAGAAUCCAACGCCCCUUUCCCAAUUGACCAGCUUUGCGCCUUGGCAAUGUAGCGCAGACGAUGCCAGUCGACUGCCGCAGUGCGAUACUAUCAACGCAUGCCCACUGACUUUUCGCAAUCGAUUGAGAUACUUCUACACGUGCAGCGAAUGCCCAGCGGAAUUUCCGUGGCGACCAGAAGCAAAAUAGGCGCAAGCAUUUUGUUACCAAAAUUAAUAAUUUAAAAAACGUAACCUUCUUUAGUAUUAAAGAAAAUUUCUCGUUAACAUCACUUUACUAAAAGCACAAAUAAAAAGAUCAAAACAAAAAUCGAAGAUUACACAUGGUAAGACUGGAGUUAAAAAGGUAACAUUACAGUACAAUAACACACUCUGGAAAACAAUCGUUACCGGUGCAUACCGAAUGCAGAG